AUGUCUCGGCAACCUCUGCGUUACGCUCGGCGGCCCGUUUACAUCCUAACUGCCUAUCUUCUGUUGUUGGUGGCUCCCUGGCUCUGCGUAUGCGUCAUCAACCAGCGAACGACCUCCGACCCUUGGGGGAUAAUCAUGCAACAUGACCUUGAUAACUACCGCCGGUGGUUGGUCUUCUCUUCGUUUCUGGGCACCCUGGCGGCUGUCGUUGCUCUGCCAUGUGUUGCGACACUUUUGGCCUAUGGCGCAGUCGUCUUCUCGCAGCGACGGUCUAAGCAGCAGUCACUUACUGUCCGACAACUGCUUGCCAUCUCAGACCUGAAGUGGACGGCCUUCAUCUCGGGCGGCGAGUCGUCGUCUUAUUUGCUGCUGGCCACCUGUCUACUUUUGCUCACGGUGUUGAUGCCGGUGUCUAGCCGCCUGGUGUAUCCCUGCGACAGUUCAAGACACCUGAGCAAGUGGGAUCGGACCUGCGACGGUGUGGGGAACCAUGCCCAGAAAGUCAGCAAGGACGCCGAGCCGGUGUUACUCAGGGAAGCAGACGCCCCGUUCGUCGUCAGGGCUGUCAGGAGCGACAUGGUCAACAUCACCUCAUCAGACAUCCAAGAGAACCUAUGGCGAGACGGCGAUACGCAGCGGAGCUUCACGACGGGAGAGAACCAGAUGUACAACGACUCGUUCUGGGUAUCAGCGGUACCCUCGGGGGCGACAACAGGUCCGCUCAGGCAGCACUCCAUCCGGCUUAGCUCGUUCGCAAACUGCAAGGUUGCGAGCCGCGAUGAAUUUCCCGCCAGCUGCGAUGGCUACGCAACAUCCCUCGAAGGCUUCGGUAUUGUAUUGCGGACAUGUAUGCCAGGCAGCUAUACGAACACGGCCAACGGCGUUCCACCGAGGCGUCGCCAAGAUAUCGAGGAAAUCCUCUUCAUCGACGCGCAAAUCAGUGCAGAGGCAGCCAAAUCGAAGGACUUUCUGCCGGAGCCAGCUGAGAACGUCACCAUCAAGUGCGUCGCCAGGACGACGCGGGCGUUCUUCGAGAUUGGCAACUUGCACACAGGGUCCCGUCCUUCGGACCUCAUCGAUGAGUGGCCCACGGAUGAGGACAUGGCCCACUUUCAUGACUACGACUGGCUGGGUAACCUCAUCACCAAAGACUCUCAAGACGACUGGAACCGUGACCGGUACGCUGGCUGGACUUCACUGCGAGGUCCGUUGCGAUCAACUGCCGAGGCGCUCUUCGGAAAUGGCUCGUAUCCCCAAGUUGUUGUCGACUUCUUGAGGCAGAGCUUCCCAGAUCAACAGUUGCCAGACGACGUCGCUUCCAACAGCACUAUCCAGAAUGCCACGCGCAAAGCCUGUGCCUUGGAAGCUCCAUUCAGCGCCUGGCAACUGCCCUAUAACUCCGAGAACGACGAAUACGACUCGUGGUUUGCCUCAGUCUAUCAAGGCUGCACGCUCAAGGAGCUCCCAGAGACACUGUUCAGGAUAGCUCAGGGUCUUCAAUUUGAAAAGGUGGCAAAGAGCACCCUCGGCGUCGGCAUGUACCUCUCCAAUGCGGCCGUUCUUCGAGACGCCGCUUCGAACGACGCGGCGAGGACCAUCUACAACUUGACCGGCACCAAUUUUGUCGCGCCUCGCUACGCCCCUGGGGCAACAGUUGCCAUUAGCUUGCUCAUCAGCGCGCAAGCCAUCGCCCUCGUUGUGCUCGUCUGCUACAUCUACAGCCUGCCCACUUGGACCGACACAUUGGACGCCUUCGCCAUGAUGAGACUCGGGGCGCACCUGAAGGGUUCGGUGGAAUUGCCCCAUCUGGGCCGCGUCAACCGGGAGGAACUCGCGAUACUAGACGAGACGGACGGCCUGCUUGGGGCUGUAGCUGGCGCAGUGAGCGACUCGGACGACCUCGAAUUGGCCGAAUUGGCGUCCUCCAAUGGCACGCGGAGAGACGAAGCACCCACGCACCAAUACACGAUGGUCAGCCCGCUGUCACCGACCAGUACAGUCUCAUCCCAGGAGGCUUCAACAGAGCCCACCUACGCACGUCAGGACGCCACGAGGCCUGGAAUGGACACUAACGAGCUGAGCGAUUACCUCCAGGGGGCCCCGCCGGCGUCCCCCACGGUAUCGUCCGCCCGUAGUCCGUCGCCGCCACCGCCGUACAUACCGGCGAGAUCGCCAAACAGGGUUCAGCAGGCGGAGAGCCCGUUUAGAUUGGCAUUGGGAGCUCCUGGGAUUAUUACGAGAACAUUGUGGACGAGCUACAGGCCGUAG